AUGGAUGAACAAAUUUUUAUGAAAUUUGCUAUAAGAUAUGGCCCUGAGAAGUUGAAAGGAAAAUACCACCGUAUGAGAUCUGUGCAUACGAAGUUUAGUGAGUUGAUCAACCAUACAGGUGUCACAUGGGAUGCUACAUCAGGAAAACGACAUAAAGUUUUUAAAACAUUCAAGAAAAAGGGUUGCAAGAUCUAUCCAUUGUUGAGUCUUGUGUUCAGUGGUUCUACAGCUUUUGGUGCUUUUCAUAAUGCAUCCACCUGUGCUCCUCAAACAUCAGAAGAAGAGCGUAGAAUUGAGGAUGAGUACCUAGAUGUGGGUAGUGUUGGCGAGAGUGCGUUUGAUGGGAGUAACCGGAAAGGAAAAUGUAAGACGGAAGGGGACAUUGAGGGUCUACCCGGUACAAGAAGAGAGAAAAAAAGUGAUGGAAACUCCAAAUAUGAUAUCCUUUUAGAUGCAUGGUCAGACUCAAUGAUUGCUAGAAAGGAAAGGGAUUUAGCAAAAGCAGAGAGAUAUAAGUCAAAGUAUGGAGACACAACAAGCUUGUUUGUAGAGGAAUACUCUGUUGGUGAUUGCAUGGCUACAUUGGAAGCUACACACGGUGUUAGUUCUAAAUCUUACAACAAGGCAUUAUCGUUCUUUCCUGAUAUUAAUUGGAGAAAAAUGUUCCUAAUGAUGUCUGAGAAUAGGAGGAAAGAUUGGCUUGAUUCUUUGGAUGAGUAG